UUUGUGCCACGUUAGCGCACUUCCGUCAUUUUCAGAAGUUGGAGAAAAUUUGUCGGCGUGUUUAUGCUGGCGAAAACGAACACUAUAAGAGAGUGGUACUUUGUGAAAUUGAUAGUGGACUUGUUCAACUUGCAAUUAUGGUGUCUGUCAUCAACUCUAUCGAUACAGCUCAUGAAGACAUGAUUCAUGAUGCUCAGUUAGAUUACUACGGCAUCAGGCUAGCCACAUGUUCAUCAGACAGAUCAAUCAAAAUAUUUGAUGUAAGAAAUAAUCAACAGACUUUAGUCUCGGACCUGCGAGGCCAUGAAGGGCCGGUGUGGCAGGUGGCAUGGGCGCACCCCAUGUUCGGCAACCUCCUCGCCAGCUGUGGCUAUGACCGGAAGGUCAUCAUCUGGAAGGAGACCAAUGGCACGUGGGGCAAGCUGUACGAAUACACCAACCACGACUCGUCAGUUAACUCAGUGUGUUUUGCUCCCCACGAGUUCGGCCUGAUGUUGGUGUGUGGCAGCUCCGAUGGGUCCAUCUCGGUCAUCUCCAGCACAGGUGACGGAGCUUGGGACUCUAAGAAAAUCAAUAAUGCACAUACGAUUGGCUGUAAUGCUGUGAGUUGGGCUCCAGCCACAGCCCCCAAUGCAUUGUUUGAGCAAGGAGCUCGUCAACAAGCGGUGAAGAGAUUUGUAUCUGGGGGAUGUGACAACCUGGUCAAGUUGUGGAGAGAGGAAGAUGGCCAGUGGGUAGAAGACCAGAAGCUGGAGGCCCAUAGUGACUGGGUCCGGGACGUGGCCUGGGCGCCAUCUAUAGGCCUCCCCAAGAGCAUCAUAGCAUCGUGUUCACAGGAUUGUCGUGUGCUGAUCUGGACGAAUGACGGCACUAGCAACACAUGGACAUCAAAGAUCUUGCACAAGUUUAACGAUGUUGUCUGGCACGUCAGUUGGUCCACUACUGGGAACAUCCUCGCCGUCUCAGGAGGAGAUAACAAAGUGAGUUUAUGGAAGGAGUCACUGGAGGGCGAGUGGGUGUGUAUCAGUGAUGUCAACCAAGGUCAAGGCCAGAUAGGCGAUGGUCAACGACCUUCAUCGGGCUAGAUUAUUGUGAUCAUGUGACUUGUGUGUUUGUGGACAGUGGUGCUCUGUGACGAGAAUUCUCUCAUCAUCCUUCUCGACUGGAGACUGUCAGACUUUCAUUUCACAUAAAUUUGUUGUUUUCUGUUGCUGGUGGAUGAAGACGUGGAUGAAUGCAACUGGAACUCAGUUGGUCUUUACAUAAGAUACCAAACAACUUCAUGAACUCAUCAUGUGAUAUUAAUUGAUUGCGAAUUGAAAUAACCUUGAGACUGAAAGCAGUUGAUCUGGAAACUGGACAAAAAUAUGUAAACAGUUUAUUUCCCCCGUGUUGUGACACCAUGAAUGUAUGUUGCUAAUUUGGUUUUGUACACUAGUUCCAAAAUAAAAAUAAAGCCACACUCCAGGAUUUUUCAAAAACUAAUUGUUUUAGCCUAAAAAAAUUGGUUUCCAUGGAAACGUUUCUCUUAUAACAAUUUAUCUGCCAGGUUGGAUGUAAGUUGAACCUGUUGGAUCAUCAGGAGAAUGUUACACUGAUGCUGUCAGUGUUUGUAUAUAAUCUGAAUAAAUAGUUGUAGUGUCA